AUGGCAGAUCGUAUUGCCGGCUAUUUCGUUCCAUGUGUAAUAGGAAUUGCGUUACUCACCUUAUUUGUUUGGAUUGCCAUAGGGUACAUGUCUGAGAAAUACUUAGACAUGGCUCCGAUACAACAAAUGGCAGAUCGAAUUGCCGGCUACUUUGUUCCCUGUGUAAUAGGAAUUGCAUUACUUACCUUAUUUGUUUGGAUUGCCAUAGGGUACAUGUCUGAGAAAUACUUAGAUAUGACUCCCACAAAUCGGUUUGAAAACAUAAUGAAAGUUGCGUUCGAGGCAGCAAUCACCGUUUUAGCUAUAGCAUGCCCAUGUAGUCUUGGCUUAGCCACACCAACGGCUGUAAUGGUUGGAACAGGAGUGGGAGCAAGUAAUGGAAUUCUCAUCAAAGGAGGAGAGCCGUUAGAAUCCAUGCAUAAGGUGACAACUGUGAUUUUCGACAAAACUGGCACGAUUACGGAAGGCCGUCCUCGAGUGGUGUCAAUUCUCACUUUGCGAUCGCCCUUAGAUCUGCCUCUUGAAAACUUGGCUCUGAUAUGUGGAUCAGCUGAAUCACAUUCAGAACAUCCGAUUGGAGCGGCUAUCACAAAUUUCGUUAAGCAGUUCUGUUUGCAUUUACUUAGGCUCAAAAAAGCCAUUCCGAUGAGAUUCGCUUUGUAG